AUGUCUGUCGAAACAAUCACCACAAUCUCCCCAAACACAAACGAGGCCAUCCUCACCAGGAAUGGCGCCUCUGCUGCUGACCUUGAGUCUCUUCCCAAGGUCGCCGCUGAGGCUUUCCAGAACUACCGCAAGACAACUUUGAAGGAGCGUCAAGCCAUUGUUCGCAAGUUCCUCGACGGUCUCUUGGCCAAGAAGGAUGAGCUUGGUGAGGAGUUGACUGUGCAGAUGGGUCGCCCCAUUUCCUACACACCUGGCGAAGUCGCCACAGCCGUUAAGCGUGGUGAAUACCUCCUCAAGAUUAGUGACGAGGCCCUUAAGGAUACCGACGGUGAGGCCGAGAAGGGCUUCAAGCGCUUCAUCCGCAAGGUCCCUGUCGGACCUGUUCUCGUCAUCUUUGCGUGGAACUACCCUUACCUCAUCCUGGUUAACUCUCUUAUUCCCGCUCUUCUCGCAGGAUGCAGUGUAAUUCUCAAGCCCUCACCUCAGACCCCCACCAUUGUUGAGCGUGUCACCGAUCUUCUAAAGGAGGCGGGCUUGCCCGAGGGCGUUUGCCAGUACUUCCACUGCGGUUCUCCCACAGUUAUGGAGACCAUUGUGCGCGACCCCAAGAUCGAACUGGUUUGUUUCACUGGCUCUGUGGCUGGAGGUCUUGCUGUGCAACAAGCUGCAUCUGACCGCAUUGUAAAUGUCGGUCUGGAGUUGGGUGGCAAGGACCCUGCCUAUGUCCGAUCAGAUGUCGAUAUCGACUGGGCUGCUGCAGAGAUUGUUGAUGGUGCUAUUUUUAACUCUGGCCAGAGCUGCUGCUCUCUUGAGCGUGUUUAUGUCAACGAAAAGAUCCACGAUCAGUUUGUCGAGGCUGUGCAAAAGGUGCUCAAGAGCUACAAGCUCGGAGAUCCAUUCAACAAGGAGACUCAGAUUGGACCUGUCGUCUCAAAGCGAUCAAAGCAGGCAGCCGAGGAACAUAUCAAGGACGCCAUUGACAACGGUGCCAAGGACGCGACUCCCGAAAACGAGACUUUCAGCAACCCUCCUCCCAAGGGUAACUUUGUGAAACCCACCCUUCUCACGGGCGUCAACCACAGCAUGCGGGUCAUGACUGAGGAGUCAUUCGCCCCAAUUAUCCCUGUUAUGAAGGUUAAGGAUGACAGCGAAGCCAUCAAGUACAUGAACGACAGCGAGUUUGGUUUGACAGCCAGUAUCUGGACCAAGGACACAGACAAGGGAUACGAGCUGGCCGAGGAGGUGGAAGCAGGCACCGUUUUUGUCAACCGAUGCGAUUAUCCGGCACCG